AAGAAGUCGCAAGAUUGGACUCUAUCAAACUUGUCGAGGCUAUUGAAAAAGUGUUUACUCCUGUCUCUAGCGAGCAAAGCACGCAGGCUGCCCCGGUAAACCAUGCAGUUCUCGACUCAUCAACCCGACGAACAUUGGAUAGACAAAGCUCGCCUACAAACCUGAAUGCCGUGGAAACCCACAAGAUUGACUCAGCACCACUGAUGAUGAAUGGUGUUGAUAUCAACACUUGGCUUGGUAUGAGCCGGGUUGAUGAGAUGAAAAAGCAUAUGAAUGCAGGAGAUGAAAUACAAUCAGUUGUAUCGGCAACACUGCGACCAGCACUUACCUCGAGCCCCGAAAAUCUUCGAUUGGCGUCUCGUCUGGCAUCAUCAUUCUUCCAUAGGGGAGAGCUCCAGAAUGCCAAAGUUCUAUUUGACCAGGUUCUUCGGGCUAUGGAAGAAUCAAGCCCCCAGCCCAUCAUAGACAUCAUCGCCACUCGAAUGCAAAUCACUAUUACCAUGAUGUAUGGCGGCAUACAGAGUGGUAUACAGAGCGAGGAUGGCCCCAAAGGUUUAUACUCGGAGGCCCUAGAAGGUCUCGACCGAGUGCUCGAUGACCUACAAUUUCUGCAUAUUCAAAAUGAGUCCAAUGAGGAUAGAACGAGAAAAGCCGAGAUCAAGGAGGACUGCCACAAAUGGCGAGCGCGUUGCAUGCUCCGUGCAGGUAAAUGGAAGGAUUCAGAAGAACUUAUAUCAAGCUUGAUCGACGCGGACUUGGGUACUUCAGACGAAAAGCUACAUAGAGAUUUGGCUUUAGCGUACGCAAACAUGGGGGAAUAUACUCUCGCAAAGGACCGCAUAAAAGUAGCCGAGACCUGUUUGUUUCCAGAAAGCCCCAAAGAUAACUCAGAAGGGUCAUCGAACACGGAUGAAUUGAACCGAGUCGGCAACGAAGAAAGACCGGAAGAAAAAUCGGCUACUGCGAGAUCUACCGAGCUGAAGCACAUUCAGAUUCGUCUCGCAGAUGCGACAAUAUCUAUGUUUGCUGGCGAAUAUGUACCUGCAUUGAAGAUAUCCUCCGAAACUACGACAUCAUUGAAAGAGGCUAUUGGUGCCACACAUUUUAGAACACUCGCUGCCUUGAACCUGCAGGCUAGGUGUAAGGCAUACAUGGGCGAAUACAAGGAGGCAGCAACUUUAGCAUCUAACACUUACGAAACGGUUGCGAAUACUCUUGGGCGCCGACAUCCGUUGGCUCUAGAAUCUAUGGACUGUUUGGUGCACGUAUACAGAGCUCAGCAUCGUUUUGCAGAGGCAAUAGCCACAGCAAAAUCCCUCGCAGAGAAUUCCAAGAAGACUCUUGGAAGUAAACAUCCCCAGACCAUUCGUGCUGACUAUCAAGUCGCAGUAUCACAGCUUGCCAACGGCGAUUAUUUUACCUCGGAAAAGGGCCUUCGGAAAGUCGUCAUCAGUGCUGGGGACCACGUGGGCGAAAAUCACCCGGAGACAUUGAAAUACACGUCCAAGUUGGCACACGCACUCCUUGAAACGGGUAAAGUCGAUGAAGCAUGGGGGGUCGCAAUUGAUGUAGCCAAACGUCAGGCAAUUCAUUAUUGGAAGCCACAGGUGAGUGCACGCAACAUUCAACUGAAAUAGCGUGGAACUAACUGAGAGGGGGAAAAAAAGGAAAGGAUUUCUGAGCCAUUGGAGUAUAUAUGUGGUCACUUGUGUAGUCUCUCGAACCACAAAGAUUCGACGUUAAUUCACCCCCUCCUCGCUACUACCAUCCAAUUAUUGGCAGUCACGCAA